AUGAUGAGUUUUAACAAUUCAACAUUUCUUCCAUUGUUUCCUUCAUCAAUGCAUUCAUUCUGUAAUUGUUGUCCAUCACCUUCAUUAUUUUCUAAUUUUCCAUCUGUACUUCAAUCAUCAUUUAUGUCAGAUGUACCUUUAGUUUUUGCACCAAGUCCUGUACCAUCAAUGAUUCCAUCAUCUCCAACAACAUCAUCAUCAUCAUCAUCAUCAAAUUCUAAUAAACGUUCAUCGAUUAUUUUACCAUUACGUUCAGUUUCAUUUGAUUUAUCGUCAUUAGUUGUAACUGCUCGUUGGCGUCGUGAACAACUAGGUGAAUAUAUUGAAUGUGCAUUUUGUAAAGCGAACGGCGAAUCCUAUGAUAUUUAUUCGUCGCAUCGUCUUCGUGAUAAUGAAAAAAUGAUAACAUUGUGUCCAAUACUUCGUGCUCAUAAAUGUCCACGUUGUCAAGUAUCAGGUGAUCAAGCACAUACAAUGAAAUAUUGUCCUAUUAAAGCUGAAAUAAAAGCUAACCGACGUAUGCGUGAAAUUGAAUUAGCUAUGAAGAAAAAUUAA